AAUGAACUGAGAGGCUUCCGUAGAGAGUGGGAGAAAGAUGGCGGCGGGAAUACUGGAGCGUUUGGGUGCGUUAUGGAUGCAGAAUCUGAGGGGGAAGCUGGCCUUGAGGCUUCUUUCAUCUCACAGUGUUUUACCCCAGUCACACCUCCACACAAGUGCUUCUCUUGACAUUUCUCGAAAAUGGGAGAAGAAGAAUAAAAUUGUUUAUCCUCCACAACUGCCUGGAGAACCUCGGAGACCAGCAGAAAUCUACCAUUGUCGAAGACAGAUUAAAUACAGCAAGGACAAGAUGUGGUAUUUGGCAAAAUUGAUACGUGGGAUGUCCAUUGACCAGGCUUUGGCUCAGUUGGAAUUCAGUGACAAAAAAGGGGCCCAAAUAAUUAAAGAGAUUCUUUUAGAAGCACAAGAUAUGGCAGUGAGAGACCACAAUGUGGAAUUCAGAUCCAAUUUAUAUAUAGAUAAGAAUCAUCUGAGGUUCUUGUUAAAAAUACAGAUUCCCAGGCCUCCCCACAGACUCACUGGAUCUGAAACCCUGAGAGAGAGGCCUGGGUAAGUACCCUAGUGAUGC